CCUAUCGAGACGUUACAAUUCGUCAUGAGUAAACUCUGCUGUAUCGGUCUAUCGUUGGCCACCAGGAUCAUCGGCACGUACACCAUGUCGCUCUCGGUACUCACGAUAAACGUGUUAAUGAGUAACUAUUUCUCAAGAGCCACCGACAACGAGUUCUUCGAUUCUAUUCAGGGCUGGGCUUUCCUCGGUUUAAAUUGGAUACAAGUGUUAAGAAGCUCACAGGCAGAAACGAAAGCACAAACAGCGGUGGUAUUUUUCCUCGCGUACACGAUAUCAUUUUUAUUGGCCAGUGCGUAUCUCGCUUUGGGAUCGAUCUCCAGGAAACCAAAGUGCGCCGUGCCUUGGAUGUAUUUGCAAAUGAUUAGCAUAAUAGAUCAGUCUGUGGCGCUAUCUAUUCAUCUGACACACGGAUCGGAAUACGAUGCUUACGAUCAAUCAAUGUGGUACAUUCCAGUGUCCAGUGUUUAUCUAUUGACGAGCACGUACUUUUGGAUGGUCGUGCAAUCCGCCCGGAGGCAAUGGGCGGAAGAACGGAAUGGUUGUGCCGAUGUUGAUCCAAUGGAUAUCGCGUCCGCGACGCAAUCGAACAAUGCUAACGGGCCGAAAUCGCCGUCAUUUCUAUCGCAAAACUUCGCGAUGUUCGAAUCACCGAGACCACAUACGAUUUUACCGAAAUAACCGAACGAAACGCGUGAAUUCUAAGGCAAACUGUGUUGAUAAACUUGUUGUCUGCAUCGCAAGUUAGCGCGUGCCUAUUUUCGUUCGUUCCUCCGAACGAGAAGGUCGCGGAUCGAAGAGCGGAACUUAACUAAUUAUCUAGAUAAAUCGUAUGCGCGUGGUAACUGAAGUACCUUUAACGUUAGCGUAUUUAUUUAUAGUCCUGACCCGUCCUCUCUUUGUUGAACGUUAAAAAAGCAUCGAGCGUUUUUCUUGUCUGUUAGAAAUAUCGUUUUUACGACUGUUUAGUACGAGAUGAUACGUGCUUUUUCGCGGCGAUCUGCACGAAGUAUGCCGAUUUUUAAAGAAGAUUCAAAUCUGAAGUGCGCGUAAUAACCAUUGAUCACGAUCGGCUAAUGGAAAGAGCGUAUAGCGAGCAAACUACCAGAAUACGAGGAAAUCUCGGCCUCGUAACGGGGCAAAUGUAUAAUAAUGUGGGUAAACUCGAUAAAUCAGUCCGGGGGGGUUGCGACUAAUAGAGUGUAUCAAAUGCGACCACGGCCAAGCGUGGCUGCAUAGAAAAUAUGAGAAAUGGUCGCGUUUUACGUCGGAAUACUUUUAAACUUCCUUCGAAUUUGAAUCGCGCGCAAAGCAUAUUCCCUUAUACCGGGACCGCCGUCUACUCGAUGGAGGUCGAUUUGUCCGAAAAUGGUCGGAACUUUUCGCGAAACUCUCGGGAAUAAUGAUCUAGGGUACAAUGGACGAUAGAAGAAAUCCCCCUUCGUUGCGAUUUAUAUCGGCCGUUUCACCGCGUUGCCGAUCAUUUGCGUUCCACUGAAAAUAACACGAUCCUUGCAAGUCUGUAAGAGGUCAACAUCGAAAAUUUGAUACGUACAAGAUGUCCACGCUUGGUGUGUGGUAGUUUUAGGUAGGACAAACAUAUUGUUGUAUCUUCUUAGAAACGGGGAGUUUAGUGGAACAGAAACACGUUAAUAAUUUCCUUUUUUAAUCUGCAAAGUCAUAGAUGUAUCGCGUGCACCUCUUCCACUGAACCCCUCUAAAUAUGUAAUAAUUAAGUUAAAUAAAGAAUAAGUCGUGAAUGUA